CGCCUUGUUACGUAGCGUCUUGUCUGGAAGUGAAGAGUCUCGGUCUCAGGGUCAUCAGAGAGUUACAAAACAGCAAAGGGCAGACUUCUCAGAGCAACAAGACAAACUACGUGCGGGAUCCAUACUUCUAGAGGUGCUGGUAAGAUGAUGGCAUCCACUGAAGAUGGGAAUCUCAUGUCAGAAGAGGAAUAUACAAAAACAGACAAUGGAGGGAGUGAAACUAGUGAAAGUGAAACAGGAGAAGGGUCAGGCGAAACUGAGAGUGAGGAAUGGUCAGGGUCAAGCGAAAGUGAAACCGGAGAUGGGUCAGGCGAAAGUGAGAGUGAGGAAUGGUCAGGGGCAAGUGAAAGUGGAGAGAAGCAGAAGACGCUCAGCUGCCCGCAUUGUCACUACGAGACAGUCCACAAGAGAAGGAUGAAGAAACAUGCGAGGACCCACCGAACACUUCGAUGUGAGCAGUGCGACUAUACCACCUCACAAAGUGUGAGACUGAAGCGUCACAUGGCCACUCACACUGGUGAGCGACCCUACCACUGCGGCCACUGUGAGUUUUCAUCGGCGAGAAAAGACGGCCUUUUUAACCACGUUAGGGCGGUGCAUGGCGGCGAGAGACCUUACCAGUGCACGUACUGUGAUUAUGCCGCGGCGCAAAAUGCUCAACUUCGUGACCACGUCAUGGCGAAACACACCAACACCAAACCGCACAAGUGCGCGCUGUGCGAGUAUUCUGCUGUAACCAAGAAGAGCUUAAAGUUCCACGUCAUGAGAAGCCACACUGGAGAGAAACCCUACAAGUGUGAGUUGUGUAAUUACGCCACCCAUCGAAAGCAGACUUUGAAAACGCACGUGGCCACACACAGUGCCGACAAACCGUACAAAUGCGAAAUGUGCGACUACUCCGCGGUCCAGAAGACAGCUUUUAAAAAACACAUGCUUAAUAAACACACAGAAAGGAAGCCUAAGAUCAGAAAGGAGCGGAAAAAACACAGCUGUCCACACUGCGAGUACGAAACGAUAAAUAAAUCUGGGAUGACGAAACACAUCAGGACUCACACUGGUGAGAAACCGUUCAAAUGCCCGCAGUGUGACUAUGCUGCAGCGCAGUCUAAUUCGCUGAACGCGCAUGUGAGAUCUAUGCACUCCGGUGAGAGACCCUACCACUGCGGCCACUGCGACUUUUCUGCAGCAAGGAAAGAUGGCCUUUUUAUCCAUGUUAGGACUGUGCAUGGGGGUGAGAGAGCUUACCAGUGCACUUACUGUGAUUACGCUGCGGCGCAGUCGGGGCAGCUGAAAGACCACAUAAUGGCCAAACACACCAACACCAGGCCGCACAAGUGUACCCUGUGCGACUUUUCCUCGGUGACCAAGAAAGCUUUAAAGCUGCACAUGCGUACCCACACUGGUGAGAAACCCUACCGUUGUGAGCUCUGCAGCUAUGCCGCCUGCCAGAAAGGACUGUUAAAGGUGCACAUGGCUAAACACACAGGGGAGAAACCAUACAAGUGUAAGCUCUGCGGCUAUUCCAGCGCUGCCAAGUCAAGUUUAAAGGUCCACAUGGCCACUCACUCUGGUGAGAAGCCAUACAAGUGUGACCAGUGUGAGUAUGCAUCUGUGCACGCGUUUGCUGUAAAAAAACACAUGGCCAUCCACACUGGGGAGAAACCCUUCCGCUGCGAACACUGUGACUUUUCCUCUGCCAGACAAGCUGAUCUGAAGCGACACUUGGCUAAACACACGGGCGAGAAACCACACAAGUGUGAACUCUGCGAUUACGCUACAGUGGACAGCUACAAACUGAAGCGGCACAUUGCUACACAUACUGGCGAAAAGCCACAUAAGUGUGACAUUUGCGGCUACGCGGCCGCUCAAAUGUCGACCCUAAAAGACCACAUGGCUAAACACACCGGUGAGAAGCCUCACCAGUGUCAGGAAUGUGGCUACUCCACAACCAAGAGAUCAAGCUUGGUGAUGCACAUGACUAGACAUACUGGUGAGAGGCCAUACAUGUGUGAGGUGUGCGGUUAUGCUGCAGCAGCUAGGGGUACUUUGAAGCAGCACAUGGCCACACAUGCUGCGGUAAAGCCUCACAGAUGUGACCAGUGUGACUACUCUGCAGCACAAAUCGCGCAUCUGAGGAGACACAAGGCCAAAAAACAUGCAGCUGAAGAAAAAGUGCUAGAAGAAAGAAGAACUAUGCAAAUGACUAAACAACUUCGACCACAUGUCAAGAGGCAAAAAACCUAAGAAGAAAAAAUGCCUUAACUUAAGAAAAUUGGAAGAAAUUAUAUGAGCAAAUUCCCGGUCUUUUGUAGGAAAAAAAAUUGUUUCAUCCUUGCAGAACACGUUUUCCCACUCCUAAAAGUGGAUUUGUAAGUGUAUCUAAUCAUCAUCAUGACAUCAUUUAUGUAAUAUUUUUACACACUGUUCAGAUGAACUUCUUAAGCAUGAUGAACUUUUAUUUCCACAAUCAAUGAUGUUCUUGAGAUUUUACUCAUCUAUUUACUAAAUGUGCUGUCUCCAUUUCACUAAUUUUCAUGGGAAGACUUGCUACUGAUUGAAAAUACUCCAGUUGCCUGAAAACCCUUUGGAGAAAACAUGAAUACACAGGUAACAAAGAUGAUUGUCUUAAAGCCUUCAGUCUGGCUGUACUAUGAUUUAUAUCUUAUUACGUAGAGAUAUUAACUAAGCUACAUCAUCAUAGUUUGUCGCUCUGGCUCUCCAACCAGUUCUGUGAUGUUUCGUUGGCCUUCUGGAGGUCUGAGUCCAUGUAGGUAGGUCCAAACUUGCAGAUGUGCAUCAGGUGCUGGAUAUUCAGGCCGAUUACUGCAGAAUGGAACAAAAUGAAGAAGAUAAAAUCAAAGGUGAACUAUUGA